GAAGGAUGUGCUUGGUAAAGUGGAGCAUCACCAAAAGAGAGGAAGUCCCUCAUGGAGACGGAUUGACGCGCUGCAGCCAUGGGCAGAUGGAGCAACAACUGUUACCAAGUGACGGGAGUAUUUAUGAAAAACUGGGAUUCCCUGGAUGAGCAUGGUGUUUGUACUGCUGACCAGGACUGUGAGGAUGCCUACAGAGUGUGCCAGGUUCUGGACAUCCCCUUCCAUCAGGUGUCCUAUGUCAAGGAAUACUGGAAUGACGUGUUCAGUGACUUCUUGAACGAGUAUGAAAAAGGAAGGACCCCCAACCCUGACGUAGUUUGCAACAAGCACAUCAAGUUCAGUUGUUUUUUCCAUUAUGCUGUGAACAGUCUUGGCGCUGAUGCUGUGGCCACAGGUCACUAUGCACGGACAUCCCUGGAGGAUGAGGAAGUCUUCCAGCAGAAGUACAUUAAGAGGCCAGAAGGGCUUUUCAGAAAUCGAUUUGAAGUUAGAAACGCGGUAAAACUUCUCCAGGCAGCCGACGGCUUUAAAGACCAGACCUUCUUUCUCAGCCAGGUUUCCCAGGACGCCCUGAGGAGAACCAUCUUCCCUCUGGGGGAAUUAACCAAAGACUUUGUAAAGAAAAUAGCUGCUGAGAAUAAACUCCACCACGUGCUUCAGAAAAAGGAGAGCAUGGGCAUCUGCUUCAUUGGUAAGAGAGACUUUGAGAAGUUCCUCCUUCAGUAUCUGCAGCCUCGGCCUGGGAACUUUAUUUCCAUCGAAGACAACAAGGUCCUGGGCAAGCAUCAGGGCUGGUUCCUGUAUACUUUAGGCCAAAGAGCUAGGAUCGGCGGCCUGAAGGAGCCUUGGUAUGUGGUGGAGAAGGAUGGCGUCAAGGGGGACGUGUUUGUGGCGCCCCACGUCGACCACCCCGCGCUGUUCCGGGAGCUGCUGCGCACCAGCCGCGUGCACUGGAUCGCCGAGGAGCCGCCCGCCGCCCUGGUCCGCGACCGGAUGAUGGAGUGCCACUUCCGCUUCCGCCACCAGAUGGCGCUAGUGCCUUGCGUGCUGACCCUCAAUCAGGACGGCACCGUGUGGGUGACCGCUGUGAAGGCCGUGCGCGCGCUCACCCUCGGGCAGUUCGCUGUGUUCUACAAGGAGGGCGAGUGCCUGGGCAGCGGGAAGAUCCUGCGACUGGGGCCAUCGGCCUACACGCUCCAGAGGGGCCAGAGCAGACCUCGAGUGGCCUCCCAGGGCCCAGGACCAGACCCCGCCCCUUGACCCCAAGUCACUGUGCCGCUAGUGACUUGGGGACCAGUGUGGCCUGAUGGGUGGGGCCCCUGAUGCCCUGCCCACAGGAAGCCAG